AUGACGACUUUCAAAUCUCAAACACCGUUAUUACAACGUGCACAAAAGACAAAAAAAAAACCAUGGCGUUUCUCAAAUAAUAGUAGGCAUCAUACGAAUAUGAACAAGCGUCAUUUGUCCAUUGAUAAUUGGAAGAAUUCAUCACGGACUCUACCAAAUUCUGGAAAAAUGCCUGACAAUGUAUUCAUACAUCGACUAUCAAAAAGUAUUCCUAGUCAGUGUGCAAUGAUUCGGCAAUUGUUAAUGAAUACAGCAAUGUUACAUUUUAUUCGACAUCGUGGUCUACUUAUGUGUACUUUAUCAGAAUUGAAAAUUGAAGAAGAUUAUUGGAAACCUGUUGCCGAUGUAGCAAUGCCUACUGUAAGAUAG